ACAAGUGUGUACACACUGGUAAACCCGACCAUUUUGACGCGAUUUCGAUUUCCCAUAAGAAAAAAGAAAAAAACACACAUUUAACUCGGGCGCUCCUGCUGCUGUGUUGUGUGCGUGUGAACGAACCAAAUAUAUACACACAUGAGCUGGAGGACAGUGAAAUCGGAAUUAGUGUUUAUAUAGCACUUUUGAUGGCUGAUAAUGCCGCCGCCGAAAAAUAGUUUGGCCAUCGUUAGUAUCAGUAUCAGAACGGGAACGAGUACAAGUACGAGUACGAUUGCCAGAAAGUAUCGUCGUCCUGCUGAACCCCGCCCCCUCCGCCAUCGUCGCCGCCCCCUCUGCGCCGUACGCACGCAUCGAUUUGGGCUAAACGUUAGAUACCUCCUAACGCAGUUGUUAGGGUGGAAAGAAAGGCCAGGGAAAAAAUAAUACAAAAUACGCAACGAUACUAACUGCAAUGCCGUGCGUUAUUGGUUAUUCGCGUGCAAUCCGCUGAUCCGAUACGGAUCCGGUCCUGCUUUUGUCCAGGUCCGCAUCCCGCAAUCCUCCCCCAAAAAUAUAGAGAAGAGAAAAAAUCCAGAAAUCCCGGAAAAGUGCAAUACAACGAAACGAAACAAAACGAAUUGUAGCGAAAAGCUGGAGAGACCAAGACCAAGUCACAAAAGUCGCAAAUCGAAGUGGAAAGUGGAGUGGAGUGCUAAUAAUGCUAUAGGCCAAAACAAUAACCGAUAACAGAUAAAUCCGAGGAGUUGAAAAUGUUUAUUGUAUAAUUUCCAAUUGAGCAGGUGUGCGUGCGUGUGUGUGAGUGACGAAGCAGUAAGCUUGAGCAACGAACCGCCCGACGGACGACCAAGUGGCCUCCACAUGAAGACCAUGUCGCGCUUUGGCCUGCGCCGUGGCUUCAAGUUCUCGGAGGAACAAGUCAACGGCAAGAAUCCAAUUGGACCGACCACACCCCCAGCUACAGCUUUAGCUGCCGCUGCCGCUACCACUGCCCCCAAUCCACGCAAGAAACGGCAGACCAGGCAGGCGGAGGAAGUGGACGUAGAGCAGGAGGAUUUGGAACCGCACGAGGAUCAACCAGAACCGGAGGCGGAUCACGAACCACUCUCGCUAAUAUGCAGCCUCCCAUUGGAGCGACUGCCCCGCCUUGUGGAGAAGCUGCAUCAGAUGACGGAGGAACGGGAAAGGGAACGGGACCGAGAACGCGAAAGGGAACGAGAGCGGGACGAGGCCGCUGGGCUAGGAGGAGCAGGCCAUUCAAAGGUCCUGUGUCUGUACUGUGAUAGGAAGUUCGCCUCCGGCAAGCUGCAGGCAAAGCAUGUGGAGAAGUUUCACACCGAGCGGCAGGAGCGACGCUGCAGCGGCCGUUCCACCAGCUCCAAUUCCCAUCCCGCCGGUGGCUUCCCAGGUUGCCAGUGGUGUGGGCAACAGGCCAAUCGCCGACAGACCACGCCACCCCAGAUUUGCCUGCCGGCCAAGCAUCUGGAUCAGCUAUUCCAGCACCUAAGCGAGCAGCAUGCGGACAAAUACUUUGGCUGUCAGUCGUGUCGCCUGCGCUUCCAGGAUGCGGACCAUUUGUCGGGGCACCAACGACAACAGCAUCCGUUGCAACAUCCUGAGGAUGCCCAUGCCCCCAAGCCUGGUCUAAUGGGUGCUGAUGAGCCGGUGCUCUUUCGCCUCGGACUCACGCAGAACCGUCUGCCCAGCCAUCGGAAUCGCAAUCAGCGCAAGGAGGAAGAACCGCCGCCCUUAGCCACGCCCAGUGGCAAGUCUCGGAGCAGCAGCCGGGCAGCAGCUCAGCGGCAACAACAUCAGCAGGUGCAGCCACAGCAGGUCACACCGGCUGGAAGUCAGGCUCUGCAAUCGCAGGAAGCUGUCAAUCCUGAUGCAGUCUUUCGACUGCCAGCAAGCAUGGCUUGCGCCUCCUCCUCAUCCUCCUCCGCCGUCAGCUCAGUGUUCGAUGACAAGUUCUACAAGGAUGUUAUCUUUAAUGUGCGCCACAAUCUGCAGAAUCAUCUCGACGGUCGGCUACUCACGUCCGCGUCGUCGUCAUCAUCCUCAUCGUCGUCCGCAUCCCAGAAGCAGGAACUGAUCAUGCUGCACGGUCCAAGCCAGCUGGGUCCCGGUGGCGCAUCAUAUCCCACGCUGCUAACCGCGGAGCAAUUCGGCGGCACGGGGGAACUGUUGCCACUGGCCAAGUUCCGGCGGAGACCGCAUACCAAGCACAGCUGGAAGUGGAAGUGGGACUACGUAAAGAAGUUUACGUUAAUCAAUGAGGGCGGAAGGCUAAUAAAGAAGCUGAAGCAGCCAAAUUACCUGGGCCUUCGCGAUCUCUCCAAGCUGGACAUGUGGACCCAGCUGACGAUGCGCCAAAAGCACGAUCUCUCACUGUCGUUAGCGGAAGAGCAGAACCAUGAGCAGCGCCGCUUGUUAGAGCAGCUUAAUCUCAUUCUGGACCACCGUCUGUUGCCGCACAUCAUCUUAGAGCAAAACGAACAGGCGGUCAUCAAGUGCGAAAACGAGGAGGAGGACGAUGGACGGGAUUUGCAUCCUGGAGAUGACCUACUGCCUCAGACUUUUGCCGACGAGAGUUUCCUUUCCCUGCUGCAGCUUAAACCGAAAUCUGGGACCAGCGAUCAGGUCCGGGAGUCGGACCAGGAGCGAGAACGGAAUAGGAACCGAAGGGCCGUCGUGCUCAGCGGCGAGUGGGCACGGCCACGACUCUACCUGUGCAUAUGUUGUGGCGCCAAGUUCGACCAGCGGAAGUCGCUGGAGGAGCACAAGACCUUCCGCCACUCGCACAUCUACGCCACGCACUACGAGGUUGUUGGACGGGAACUGCUUGCUGGAAACUUGCUCCGCCACCUCUUCAUACCCAAACGGGCGCUAGGACGUUUUGCUGCCGCGAGCAACUGCAUACGAUGGCCUCAGAUUGCGCCUGCACCAGUGCAGCAGCCCAAACAGGAGCAGGAGCGGGUGCAGCCAGAGGAGGAGACCAGGUCGUCUGCCUCUUCGCGCUCCUCGUACGAGGUGUCCACGCCCACUCCGCUUUCGGGACUAGAGCAGCAGCAACCAUCGCCGGCCUCGGGAUCGGGUAAUGCGUCCUCUUCGUCGUCCUGCUCGCCCAGCUCAUCCUCUGCCUCCACUCUAAUGUCGGCCGCCCCUACUUCGAUGUCCAACUCCACCUGCAUCUCCUCCACUGCGACAACGACGCUGUCGUCCUCAUCGUCCGCUCCUUCUAGCUGCACCAAGUGCGGUCGCAAGUGCAGCGGUCUUAUGGAUCUCUAUCGACACAUGCUGGACUGCUCUGGCGACUAUGUGUGGUCCCUGGCCAAGAAGCGGAAGUAUCGCUACUACUGCGGCACCAAAAAGCGACGAGCCUUCUCCAAGAAGCCGCUCAAACAACUCUCCGCCCGCAAGAAAGAAAAGUUGGAGGUGGAAGUAGAGGAGGGAAUCGGAGAUGGCGAAGCCGAUGGAGAUGGCGAUGGAGAGCCCGAGGGCGAUGAGAGUGGCUCCAGUUCAUCCAAGUUGAAGAAUUCGCCGCGCCAAAGGCCCAGCGAUGCCGAAUCCAUAAGGAAAAUGCUGGAGAAUCUUCCCGCCAAGCGCAUCUGCAAAAAGAUAUUCCCCGUUGACAACAAGGCCAAGCGUAAGGCUAAGAACAAGGCCAAGGCCAAAUCCAUGGUCAAGUCACUGGUCAAAUCGAAAUCCAAACAGCAGCGCAGCAGCACCAAGAGAAUCUACAAUCAGCACUUGCUGCGCACCACGAGAUCCCGAUCGAGAUCCUCUGUGGUGACGACAGGCUCGUCGGCAGCCGCUGUCGCCGCUAAGCAGCAGCGCAGUCGCCGUAAACAGAAGCAACAGCAGCAAAAGGCCAAAUUGGACAAAGCCAAAUCUCCGCCAGAGCCACCGGCUACAGCCGCGUCGGAGGAUUUGCCAAGCAAACCUGAGGCGAAACCGCCCGCACCCACAGUCACUGCCAAGUCACGAUCUCCCGCUGAGGAAAAGCCAUCCCUGCGACUUGAGCUGCCCCUAACACUUUCAGAGGCAGCUGCUCCACCUGCCUCUGUGCAGGAGUCGGAGCCCGAGCCCGCAUCGCCUACUCCCAGCAAGCAGCUAAUGCCCACACCGCCCACAACUCCUGCACCAGCCACCAAAUCCCCGCAAUCUGUAGCUACAGCUCCACCAUUCUCCACCAGCACUCGACUAACGACGCCAAAUUCGACUGUAAAGCGUAGCAAGAGGAUUAGCGACUGCAUAGCCAUGCUCACCGGCAAACUGGAGGAGAAGCUUAAAACGGAGCAAGUGCCUCCGCCUGUGCCAUUUGAAAAGGAGAAAGAAAAAUUGGAGCAGAUUAGGCCGACUGAAAAGGUGGAAACGACACCGAAACUGGUGGAUUCAAAUGCAGUUCUUGCGUGUGAUAAGGAACGAGUGCAGACAAAGACGCCCAAACGUAAAGCAGUUUCGCGGCGAAUCAUUAAGGUGGAUGCCACACCGGAACCCGUGGUGGAGUCUUUACUGGCGCCAAAACCACCGGCGGAGCUGGCAGAAGCAGUUACGAUUCCGCUAGCAGUUCUUCCCUUACCACCAGUUGGUCCUCCCACUUUGGUUGCAACGCCUGCUGCACUUCCUCCUCCUGCUGCUCUUACACAUCCUGUGUUUAACAGUAUACCAGUGCCUGUGCCGGUUCCUCCGCCAGUCGUGGCACCAGCUCCUCUGCCAGUCGCUGCACUUGCUCCUCUGCCAGUCAAUGCACCUGCCACUCAGCCAAUAACUACUUUGACACAUCCGCCACCGAGGCGUACGCCCACCAAGGCGGCGGCCAAACAGAUGGCUGCCCCACCACCGAAACCAGCCUCGUUGGCUGCCCUGAAGCAGUAUCCUCCGUUGGAAGCGACGCUGGCAGUACCGCCUCCUAUCCCUGCGCCCGUAUCUGUGGCCGUUCCUCUUCCUGUGCCAGUCGCAAUGACGUUGGGAAUGCAGGGAAUGCCAGCUCCACUGCCAGUGGGACCAGUACCCGUACCCGUGAACGUUAAUAUGUUGCCUAAGGUGCCAUUGUAUAUGCCACAGCUCCAAGGCAAUACAAACCCUAAUCCAGCACCAACAACCAUGUUCGUGAUGGAUCAUCAACCCCUGAAUCUGACCAGUCAGCGAGGAGUGCUUCAAAAGCCGUUGAUUAGUGGUACAACGGGGGAUCCUGGACUCGUUGGACUACCGCAUCUUCGCACUGGAGGUAUGCCUGCCAGAAGGCAGACAAUCUGUGGAUUCGAGGCAAGAAACUUGAUCGGUUUGGACAUUGAUAUGGAGCCCCUGGAUCUGUCGAAGAAGUCAAGCAGAAAGCCGUCUCCUGUGCCGCCGCCAAGGAUGCAACAGGAGAUGACAAUGCCCCUGGUCCCAUUGCCCUUGGUGACGGGAGCAACUGGUCUGCCAUCUCAACAGCAACCGGGUGCACCCCUUGCAACCACGACUCCAGGUGGUGCUCCAGUACCUUGUCAGCUGCCUAUGACAGGGGGAGUUCCAGCCCCACUGGCAUCGCAAUAUUACUCCAACCUGGACCUGCUCAAGAUCCCACAGGUGCGUAAUCCCGGCACUGGCGUGGUGGUGCCGUCCAGCGGUCCACCAUCCGUUUCUGUUGCCGCAUCUGUUGCUGCGCCGGUUCAUCCAGUAAAGGGCUCAGGUGGGAAAAAGCGUUCUCUAGAGGGAACUGGGAAUUCUAAAAAGGACAAUGGUAAAGGCCAGGCCAAGGUGUUUCCACGCAUGGAUGAGGUGGUUAACAACCAUAUCGACGAUGCCAUUAACUCAGUUAUUAUGGCUGUCCAAGCGAGUUUGCCGGACUAUGAUGAGGAGGGAGCAGGCUAAAAGGAAAGAGAGAGGGAAGUAGAAAGAGAAAGAGAGAAGGAAAAGCUGGAGGAAACGCCGCCCAAAUCAACAGCAAGCAACUGCAUCUUGGCGUUACAACCCUCCGCAGGACUACCAUUAUUACCAGCUUUUGACAAAUGUCAAUCUGUGAAUGCUAUUCCUGCGGCUGUUAUUCCUUCUGCUGCUCUAGUUCCCGUGACUCCAGUGCCGCAGCCUGCGCCUGUCAAGAACUUAGCGCCUAAGAAGCGUUCCAUGCGGUCGCGAACCAUCGAUUGUCGCUCAGCCCUGCUAGCCUUGGAAGAGACGUUACCGGUGGCACCUUUGCAGCAAUGCAUCCCGCUGCCGGUGAAUGGCAAUGCGAUAGGUGAAAUUCAUCCGUUGCCAGAUACAAUCCCGGCUCCAGCUACAGUCCUGCCCCAAACGCCCGUCCUAGUUCAAGGUCCGGUAUUGAGUCUGAGAGAAAAGAAGCCUGAUAUUAUACUGUCGGCUACUGAUUCGACGACCGUUCCUGUCACCACGUCUGCAGCCACUCCCCCGCCUAUUUUUAGCCAAUCUCCGGAAUCUCCUGAUCCUGUUCCAGCGAUCGUUACACAGCCGGAAACGUCUGUGCCUACUCCUGUGCCCGUCUCCGUAAUUUCCGUGGCACCCGCCUUGCCUCUGCCACCGCGCACUGCCACGCCCCCGCCAACCACGAUGGCAGAGACCAACUGCAGUUCCCUGAUGGAGGAACACAGCAGCAACCUGAACAACAACACCUCCUCGGGCUUCCACAGUCUAGCGCAGUCGGAGCAGCCAAUACCAACGACAGCCACCACACUAGCUGAGGAACCAGCUCCGGCUAAGGAGGAGGAGGAAUUGCCCACCAAAAAGAAGCAGCGUCGGCGACGGAAGAACGAACUGGCGGCUAUUGUGGCCGAUCAACUGUUAGAAAGCUUUAAGAUCGACAAUGCCCGGAGGGAUAAUCUUAAGAAGCUGGAGAAUCUGGCGUACGAGAAAAGUGAGGACUUGCUACUCACCGGGAUGUUGCUCAUGUCUAGCACCAAGCGUAAUGCUGCACUCGGGCCUUCCUCCGCUGCUGCCGCCAAAUUAGCGAAGAAGGAGGUUGAGACGGUAACAGAGUCGCCGCCAAAUCCUCCAGUGCGUGGCAGGCCGAAACGUCGUCAGAGUUGCUACUACCGCCGGGGCAAAGCCGGUGGAGUUGGUGGCGGCGGUGGCAAGGCUACCAAUGAAAACAUUAGUCUGCUCAAGUCUUCGCUAGAGUCCUUCUCUAUUGGCAUCGAGAAGCAACUGCUCGCGAAGGAAGCUAGGGAGGCCAAAGACUCACAGCCGACGGCAGGAGCCAACAGCCAGACUCAGCCGCCAGUGAGUUCCAUACUGCGGCCAAGCAUCCUGAGCAGCGCCGUAGUUAGGGAUCAACAACAGCAGUCUAAGCAGCAGCAGGGCAGCAAGCAGGAGAAACAGGAGCCGAUACCGCCGGCACCAACUUUUAGUCGUGAUCCACGACUUAACAAAAACAUACACAAGGAGCAGGUGGAGCACAAGGAGCCGGCUAGAGAGCAGUCAGCUCCCACGACGAACGACAAUCCUGAAGAGGAGGACAACUAUCUCACGGAGAUUGCCAAGAACGUAAACGAGAAGAUCAUGUCGGCCACUACCAACGAGGACUUUGAGUUUGCCCACGACGAGUUCGACGGGGAGGGAGAUCCCGACCAGGAUCAGGACCAGGACAAAUACUAUCGUCCACCCACUUCGAUGAGCGUGCGUAGUGCACCGAAUCUGAAUGAUGAGCACUCGAACUUCGGUUCCAUGUGUGACGAUAACACGAACACCGAGGUGAUGGACAUGGAUCUGGAUGAUGAGAUGAGUGUGUACACUAGUUACUCCCAAGAUCUGGGACGCGGUGGACGCGGGCGCCGAAGAAGAAGACGAAGGAGUGUGUUGCUCACGCGACGUCCAAAAAAGCGGACGCAGCGUAGCGAACUGGAUGCUGAGAAGUAUGGCUGCAAGUUGUGCGGUAAAAGCUUCUUCACGGCCACCUCGCUAUCCAAGCACAACAUGACCCUAGCCCAUGUGUCUAAGCUGUCUGCCCAGGAGUACUUGCAGUCACAGACAGCUCCUUCCAGUCCCCAGCAUGCGCACGAAUUGGAUAACAAUAGGGAUGACGGACAAGCUGAGAUGACAGUGCAACAUCAGGAGGAGCAGCCGGCAGCAGCUCCACAGCAGAUGAGAGCCUCCGUGCUGAUGGUUCCCUCCCAGGUGGCUCACCAGGAAAGGGAACGAGAGAUGCAUAGGAUUCAGGAGCAGAAGAGGGCCCAGCUACAGAGGGAGCAUGUCCAUCAUCAUCAACAGCAGCAGCAGCAACAGGAGCAAGUGCAUCAUGUGAUUACAGAGGCAAGUCUGCGGCUGCACGACAAUCAGCACAGUCCGACAGCUCAAACUGGGUCUCGUCUUAAUCUUAAUCCCGACGAGCGUCUAUUCUACGAGUGCUGUAAUAUUCUGAAGAGCGCCGAAACGCCACGUCCCCUUCCCGGCGGAGGUGCUGGUCCCGCCACCACAUCAGUGAUAGUGACGGCGGGCAGAAAGCAACCGCCACCGCCUCCAGCUUCACCGUCGCCAUCUCGGUCGUCUUCAUUGCCGCCACCAGCAUCGCCAUCGCCGUCGCUUCCACCGCCUGCGUCUCCUUCGCUUUCUCUACCACCGCCGGCCUCACCGUCUCCGUCUCCCUCGCCGCCGCCACCCGCAGAGGUACCUGCUCCUGUUCCUGCUUCUGCGCCAGUUCCUGCUCCUCAUCCAGCUCCUGCUGUCUGCCAUCAGCCGGUCAUCCAACAGCUGUUCCGCAACCCGCCCGCAGUUACGCCCACCACCACUCCCACCAAUCACAACCGGCUCUCGCCCAGUUACUCGGCUGUGUCUCAGUUUUCCGCCACCACAACUUCUCGCUUUAAGACGAAGGCUGCUAUGAAGGGCUAUGAGAACGUGAACCUGCAGAUGGACUUACUGGAGCUGGCCAAGACGGGCAGAGGAGUCUGCAAGCUGACUGAAUUGGCGGACAUUGCACUGGGCAGUGAGAAGCCCGGCGGCGACUUCCUGCCCCAUCUGCCGCCUGCACCCGCGACUCCUGCCGUACCAGCUUUACCAUCUGCGAUGCAACAGACUCCCACGCCAACGCCCACGCCCACUGGCACGCCCACAGUGACACCCACCGGACCAAUGGAGCAGCAACAGAGUUCCACGUCCUCGAAAACGAUAAUGCACGCCUCCAUCAUCAAGGCGGCAGCGGGUGUAGCCAGCUCGGCGACACUGCCUCCAGCGUCCGGACGGAUAAUCAUUCCCGACCGGCCUUUCAAGAACAUUGGACUGGAGGAAAAGGCCCCCAUAACGUUUCAGAAGCCCAAGACAUGUGUUAACUUGCUGCAGGAGCAGGAUAACAACAGCGUCUCGACCGUUAGUUACUCCGACCGAGAUGAUUACGAUUUUGGGACACUGAGUUGUGACGGCGAUGUGGACCCGGAGCCAGAACCUGAGGUUAGAGUUGGAGUGCCCGCAAGUCGUGUAGUUCCGCCGCCAGCAGGAGGGCGAACCAUGUCGACCUCCAGCUCGUCAUCCUCAUCUUCCUCGUCAGCGAAAAAUAGCAGAAGUGGCAGCCGGAGUAGCAGCAGCAGUUCUAGUCGGGCCACGGCCAAAACAUUUGAGAAUAAGUCGCUGAUCAUGGGCCGGAUUUUCAAGCACGCCAGUAGCGCCAAGGCACCGGUGGUGGCUACAUCAGCGGCAGUUCUGCCUGGUCCCAGUGUGGUGCCUGGAAUGGCCAAGAUUAAGGCGCUGCCGAAAAACCAAGCGAAUCUCGACCAAAUCUUUGAUGAGCUGCGUGGUGGCGGAGCGGCUAAAGCAUCCGAUAUGGAAGCUUCCCCAGCCAUGAUGCAGGAGAACUGGGAACGGCAUCAUCAAGCGCUACAGCAGCCACACCAUCAUCAGCAGCAUCACCACCAUCACCAUCACCACCACCAUCAUCAGGUGGAACCCAUGGCUGCGCCAGCAGCUCCGGCAGCGCCGGCGGCAAUGCCCGCACCCAGUGCAUUACCACCGGGCAGAAAGCCGAAGAACUCAGUAGCAAAUACUACCAAAAAGGCCACCAAAUCCACCCCGGCUAAGGCAAAAGCCAAAUCAAAGGUAGCCGCCGCAGCCUCUGGAUCCUCCUCAUCCAAUCGUAAGCCGCGCAAGGAUCUAACCAAGCUGCAGUCCGAACUAGGUAUGAGUCACGAAGAGAUAGAACAGCUGAUCGAUGAGGGGCAACGCAAGUCCAAGCGACGCUGCGCCACCAAUCGGCCCAAGAAACUGGUGGAGACUUGGAGCUCUGACGAGUAUGAGGAGUUCUUGUCCACCAAGGACAUUAUUGCAUUGAUCGAGCAAAAGGAGCAGCAGGAACAGCGACGCAAGCGUAAGACCAGUGAGGCAAACACCCAGCCGGAGCCCGUGGUUCCACCGGUGGCUAGCAAGAAAGCUCAAAUGCCUCAGGCAGCUCCAGCGAAGCGGAAAAACCGCGCUGGCGAUAAGAAGCAAAUACCAGCUGAAGUGGAGCAACCGAAACCGCGGGCAAGGCAACGAAACCAACAACCGCCCCAUACACCUCCUGCUCUUCCAACUGUGGUGAACGCUCCUCAACCAGAUGUUGUGAUGCCUCCUGCUAAGGGAAAAUCCAAAACAACUGCCAAGAGUAAAACUCCAGUGGACAAGGCAAACAACAAUCGUAAAAAGCGCGGCAAUGAAAAGCAAAAGAUGCAGCUGAAUAAGGAGGAUGAGGAAGAGGAGCAGGCAGAGGCGGAUGUGGAACCAACAACCAGGACACGCAGGUCAAGGCAACAGCCCAAGGCAAAGGCUGACCAGGAAAAGGAACCGACACCACCACCACCCCUGCCCGUAGCUUCUCAGCAAGAACCUCAAAGGGAAAGGAUAAAGGCGCGUUACAAUAAUCCCCAACAGUUGCCGCCGCCUCCGCAUCCCAGGAGUAGCUCAGUUGCCACCACCAGCAGCACCACCAAUAAUAACAACAAUAGCAGCAGCAGCAACAAGAAUCUUAAGACCAAACGAAGAUCCCAGACCAAUCGCCAAUCUCCAGCGAGAAGAAAGCGGCCGGCAAGCGAGAAGCAACUGUACUACUGGAGCAGCUCCAGCGAUGAUGAAUUCGGGCGCUUAGACGACGAGGGUGAAGCGGCCGAUGCAGGUUCUCGAACAGGAGCUGGAAGCGAACAGAGAGACGGGGAUAGGAUGGAGCUGGAGACGGAGGAGGCGUCACCGUCACCCGGCAAGCACUUUGAAGAGAACGAGCCGUACCAGAAGCACGGCUGGAUCGUGGGUGACUCGCACAAGAAGCUAGUAAAGCUACUGGCCAUUGCCAAGGGCAGCAAGAAGGGAGACAACUGCGGUGUCAAGCGGCGCACGCCCAAGCGCAAGUGCUAGGAGUGGGAAAAAGGCGUAGAGCUACAUCUGGAUAAGCACACGCUGGAUGAGUAUAUUCUCCUGCCAGAAAAGUCAUAGCCAUAGGCCUCGAGGGCGGAGUCGGUGCGGGCAGCCGACCACCCAUCGCCGCCAUCGAUCACAUACGUACUGCCAUUGUGUCAUCGUUAAUCGUUAGCGCCAGUGCCAGGAGGGGAUCAUCUGGAGAUGGAGCUAUAGCUGAAGCUUAAGCUAAAGAUAAAGAGCCCAUUCGCCACGCAGAUGCCUCCCGGCCCUGGUCCCAUUAACCGUAUGCGGAGUAUAUGCAACAUAUUUUUCUUUCUUUUAAACAUCUAAGCGUUACAUUAUUUAGGUUUUUUUUUAUUAAAUGUAUUUAUAAUUAAUAAACAAAACAAA